UCAUUUAUUCCGCGUUGGCCUGGACGUGGCACCAAGGAGGAGCAGCGCCCACAGUUCUCUCGGAUCCGGUUGUUCUGUACCUGUUAUUCGGUUCUGACAGCAGCCUCAGCGGGCUUACCGCCUUCCAGCUCCCGUCCUCGUCUUGUCACCUCUACCGGCUGCCUCUCUUGGACACUUUGUUUAUUAAAAAAUGGGUCUGACCAUCUCGUCGCUGUUCUCCAGGCUGUUCGGCAAGAAGCAGAUGAGGAUACUGAUGGUGGGUUUAGAUGCAGCUGGAAAAACAACAAUCCUGUACAAACUUAAACUCGGAGAGAUCGUCACCACCAUCCCAACUAUCGGCUUUAACGUGGAGACAGUGGAGUACAAGAACAUCUGCUUCACAGUUUGGGAUGUCGGCGGUCAGGACAAGAUCCGACCUCUGUGGAGACACUACUUCCAGAACACACAGGGUCUGAUCUUCGUGGUGGACAGCAACGACAGAGAGAGAGUGGCAGAGUCGGCAGAGGAGCUCUCCAAGAUGAUCCAGGAAGACGAGCUGAAGGACGCCGUCCUUCUGGUGUUUGCAAACAAACAGGAUCUUCCCAACGCCAUGGGGGUCAGCGAACUCACCGACAAACUGGGCCUGCACAGCCUGCGCAGCAGAACCUGGCACGUCCAGGCCACCUGUGCCACUCAGGGGACGGGUCUCUACGAGGGCCUGGACUGGCUGUCCAAUGAGCUAUCGAAACGUUAGAGCCUCGACAGGAAGCAGCAGGCUGAUGUCACCGACUGAUGUCACCGUGUACAAACAGAGGAGGAGGAAGAUGAGGAGCAUUUCACAGGACUGUUUCUGGGUUUUUGUUUCUUUUUUAAGUUAUAAAUGUAUCUGCAGGAGGAAGUGAUGUCGUGAACUCUGAGCUCACCUGGUUUCCCAUCAUCCUCUUCUUCUUCAGUUUGUUAGAUCUGUUUGUUUUCUUUUAAUCUGCUCGUUUUAACUCCAGAUUACGUGACCGGGUGUUGUAAGGGAGAGGGGAGGAGUGGGCGGGGCUUACGACAGGUGACACAUUGCCUGGUCAUGUGAUGACUCAUUCCACAGAGCCGGACCCCACAGCCUCAUCAUUCCUUAUCAAUGUGAAGAAGAAACAAAGCAGAGGCAACAAUGAUGCAAUAAAUUUUUUUUUCUUCUCA